UUGCCAAACAGCCCAGCAGCUGCUUCACUCACGGAUUAGAAGAAAGGGGUACGUUGACCUGGAGGAGGCAGCGAUCAAUGGUGACAAGUGAUAUGCUUACAGUUUUGAUGCCGGAUAAAGCGCUGUGGGCGGCGGAGGCGGCGGCGGGAGCAGGUUUGCUGCUAUGGGCGCUUUGGUUAGCCGCUUGGCUAUGGUGGCGGCCCCGCCGGCUUGAGCGCGCUCUCCGGGCUCAGGGUCUCCUCGGAACUCGAUACCGCUUUCCCUCCGGCGACCUUAAGGAGAACGCACGCCUCGUCCGAGAGGCCCUGGUUAAGCCCCUCGCCUUUUCUCAAUGCGUCAUCCCCCGAGUCUCUCCCUUGCUUCACCGAGCGAUCGGUCAAUAUGGUAAGUUGUGUAUUACAUGGGCUGGUCCUGUGCCCAGAGUAACCAUCAUGGAUCCUAAUUUGGUCCGAGAAAUUCUGAGUACCAAAUUUGGUCACUUUAUGAAACCAAAGAUUAACCCUCUAUGGAAGGUGUUGGCAACUGGACUUGCAAAUUAUGAUGGUGAAAAAUGGGUCCGACACAGGAGGAUUAUUAAUCCUGCAUUCCAUGUAGAGAAGUUGAAGCAUAUGCAGCCUGCAUUUUUCACUUGUUGUAGUGAAUUAAUUGGACGAUGGGAGAAAUUGGUUGAGCCUAGUGGAACAUGUGAACUGGAUGUCUGGCCUGAGUUUCAAAAUUUAACAGGUGAUGUCAUCUCAAGGACAGCCUUUGGUAGCUGCUACGAAGAAGGAAGAAGAAUAUUUCAACUCCAGGCAGAGCAAGCCGAACUUCUAAUUAAGGCUUCUCAAUCUGUGUAUAUCCCUGGUUACAGGUUUUUGCCCACUCCAAUGAAUAGAAGAAGAAAACAAGUUGAUAAAGAGGUUCGAUCUCUUCUCAGAGGCAUGAUUGAAAAAAGAGAGAAUGCUAUCAAAUAUGGAGUCAAAAAUAGCACUGACCUAUUAGGCCUAAUGAUCGAGUCCAAUCUGAAACAAUUUGAAGAGCAUGGAAAAUCCAAAAAUGUUGGAAUGACCACUGAAGAAGUUAUCGAAGAAUGUAAGCUUUUUUACUUUGCAGGACAAGAGACAACGAGCGUUUUGCUUAAUUGGACAAUUGUUUUGUUGAGUAUUUAUCCAACCUGGCAAGAAAGAGCGCGUGAAGAGCUUAUGCAAGUAUUUGGCAAAAAUUCACCUGACUUUGACGGUUUAAGCCAUUUGAAGAUUAUGAGCAUGAUUCUGCAUGAGGUUCUAAGACUAUACCCCCCUGUGGUUCUCCUGGGCCGAAGGACCUACAAGACCAUGGAGCUAGGAGGUAUCACAUACCCAAAAGGUGUGAUGCUCUCUCUCCCUGUAAUCUUCAUUCAUCAUGAUCCUGAAAUCUGGGGAGAAGAUGCCCAUGAAUUCAAACCAGAGAGACUCGCCAAUGGCAUAUCGAAGGCAGCACAGAACAACCAGAUGGCCUUCUUCCCAUUUGGUUGGGGUCCUCGCAUUUGCCUUGGUCAGAACUUCGCAAUGUCUGAAGCCAAGAUGUGCUUGACCAUGAUUCUUCAGCGUUUCAAGUUCGAGCUCUCACCAUCUUACAUCCAUGCUCCAUACACUGUCAUAACACUUCAGCCUCAGCAUGGCACUCAAGUCGUGUUACAUACAUUACGAUAACAUUUAUGCCUGUCACGGUUAUUAACAAAUUACAGCUAUUCUGAUAGAAAUAAUGGUUUUACUUCGCAUUUUCUCAAGUUGGGAGUGGAAAUAAUGUAGCUGCAUGAUAAGUGCGUCGUAUUGCACAAUAAAUUCCUGUAAAUUUGAUUAGAAUAUGUUUUAAUGCUUGAGGACAUAUUUCAUACCGCA